GUAGCUUUGAAACUGGCACGGAUGGCUGAGCUUGUUCAGAGGGAAAGCAGCAACUACCUGGCGAAAGUGGGAGAGGCUCCCGGAACGCGUGCACGGCUCUGAAGCAGGAGGUAGAGAACAUUUAUCUUUUCCGGCACACAUCUCUUACAGGGGUGAAAUAUUCACGGUCUUAGAGACCUACAAAGGAAGACUUCUCGGAACCGCAGGGCUCCUGCACCCGGAGGGAUGAAGAUGUUUUGCUAUUAAAGCAGUUCGGUCACAGAGGGUUCCAACGGAAAACUGCACCGGGACAACAUCACGGCAAGACGCCUGCAGGCUCAAGUUCUGCUUGACAUGGCCAUGUUCUACUAGACCUGCCAUGACGGCAUUUUUUCCCAGUGUUCCCAACUGGAUUCAAGAUGCAAAGCAGGAGGAGGAAGAGACAGGCUGGAAAUUAGUCCCCAGACCAAGAGGUGAAGAGACCGAAAGUCAGGGAAAAUGCCAAUGUGAAAUAUCGGAGACCUCCUUCACUAAUGUGGACAAGCUGAGAACUCACACACUUUCUCAUACUGAGCAGAGACCGUACAACUGCCCUCAGCUUCACUGUGGCAAAGCCUUUGCUUCUAAGUACAAGCUAUAUAGGCAUAUGGCCACGCACUCUGCUCAGAAGCCUCAUCAGUGUAUGUACUGCGAGAAGAUGUUUCACCGGAAAGAUCACCUUCGCAACCACCUCCAGACCCACGAUCCCAACAAGGAGGCCCUCCACUGUCCUGAGUGUGGCAAGAACUACAACACGAAACUCGGCUUCAGGCGACAUCUGGCCAUGCACGCAGCUGCCAGUGGUGAUCUCAGCUGCAAAGUAUGCCUCCAGACGUUUGAAAGUACCCAAGUCCUGCUGGAGCACCUCAAAGCUCAUUCUAGACGGGCUUCUGGUGGAGCGAAGGAAAAGAAGCAUCCGUGUGACCACUGUGAUAGGCGCUUCUACACCCGGAAAGAUGUGCGAAGACACUUGGUAGUGCACACGGGGCGGAAGGACUUCUUGUGCCAGUACUGUGCUCAGAGGUUUGGGAGGAAGGAUCAUCUGACCAGGCACAUGAAGAAAAGCCACUCCCAGGAACUGCUGAAGAUUAAGACAGAGCCAGUUGACAUGCUGGGUCUCCUAAGCUGCAGCUCAUCUGUCGCAGUGAAAGAAGAGCUGAGUCCCGUCCUGUGUAUGGCAUCCAGAGACAUGCUAGGUGGUAAGAGCUUCCCUGGCAUGUUGCCUGUGGGCAUGUACAGCACACAUCUCCAAACCAUGCCAAGCUCAGGGAUGCCCCAUUCUUUGGUUCCUAAUUCUCUUCCAAUGGGAAUGAGCUAUCCUCUGGAGUCUUCUUCUCCCAUCUCCUCCCCACCGCAACCUCCUCCAAAGUAUCAGCUUGGAUCUACCUCAUAUUUGCCUGAGAAACUACCCAAAGUAGAGGUGGACAGCUUUUUGUCAGACUUCCCUGGCAGCCUGUCUCUCUCAUCUGGUGAGCCUCAGUCCUCUUCGCCUCAGCCACCCCCCCUGGAUGAGGCUUUGCUUUCCAAGAGCCCUGCUAACCUUUCAGAGGCUCUCUGUGCUGCUAACAUGGACUUUUCUCAUCUUCUUGGCUUCCUCCCCCUAAAUCUUCCUCCUUGCAAUCCACCUGUAUCAUCGGGGGGAUUGGUCAUGGGCUACUCACAGGGGGAGACACAGCCACUGCUUACCACUUUGCAACAUCAACCUCAAGAAUCUCCUGGAGCUGGGGCCUCGCUGAACUUUGGGCCCCUUCAUUCAUUGCCCCCUGUCUUCACCUCCAGCUUGAGCACAACCACGCUGCCACGUUUCCACCAGGCAUUCCAAUAAGCUGAAAAAUAGCACUGGAGAACAGAUCUUUCAGUCACCCUUUUGUGGAGAGCCUUAAAAACGCACAACUCUUACUUCCCUUUAGGGUGUGAAAGCUUUGCAAAGCUGUUUCAGACAGGAGGUUUCUGAUCUCUGGAGGGAGCACUUGUAGACCGGAACAGCAGAUAUCCCCGUGCAAGUCCCAGUCCUGUACAGCGAAAAGAUUUCAGCUAAUAGACUGGAUAUAUUUUAUCUAAUUUUUAAUCUGUGAAUCGGGAGCCGCGCUUAGCACUGACCUUCCCUGAGAUCCCGGAGCUAUGUUCUUCUUUGGGAAGGGACUGUCCCCGAGAAGGAGGUGAGACUCUUUCGUCUUGGGCUAAACUUUCAAAGAGUCCAGCUUCCAUUUCAUGUUGUCACACUGCAAUUCUGGCAAAACAGCCAACACCUCCACACGGAGAAGGAGGAGAAGUCAGGAUACCUGCUCUGUAUGAAGCCAACGGGGAAGAGGCUGUCCUUCCCCACUACCUCUCAUCCCAUCACCUAAUACAGCUUACUCCACCGCAUACAGCUUACUCCAG